CCUCUACUGCUCUAUCUAAUUUGACAGCCAUUCCAUCUUGUAUCCCUCUAUCCUCUACUGCUCUAUCUAAUUUGACAGCCAUUCCAUCUUGUAUCCCUCUAUCUCUACUGCUCUAUCUAAUUUGAGAAUCCAAGUUUUCAGAAAUCCAAGUUUUCAGAAUCCAAGUCUUCAGAAAUCCAAGUUACCAGUACUUGAUCUAUCUGUUACAGAAUUCUGAGAGAUCUCUGCUCUCACUGCUCCUUCUUUCCUGUCAUUAAGCUCUCACAUUCAGUCAUUUUGCUGGAAAUUACAAGUUGAAUAUACAGUAGUAGAAUUACAGUACAGUAGAACUUAUAGUAGAAACUACUUACACAGCCCUACAUUUGUCAUUUUAAUUUUGCAUUAGACUUUAGUUUGGACUGCUAGUUUGGCUUACUUUGAUCAAUUGUAUAAAAUAUCACCUUUUUAUAAGUUUAUUUGUAAUAAGAUAAUCUGGUUAUUUUGUAAUACAUACAUUCAGAUAAAUAAUAAAUUAGAUCCAGUCUGUUAGUUUGUUUCAUUGGCUAUAACAUUUGACUGCAAGUUUAUAGUAUUAUUAUUUAAGGACAAACCCAUUUUGGCACUCAGUGUAAGUAUUCAGUUAGUAUUGUCAUCGAGAAGCACCUGAGGACCCAGACUUUGUUUUCUGACUGCUGCAGAAAAUCCAGCUGAAGAAUCCUCAUCGCCUGUCAUCUUAUCACCACACCACCAAAGCUCCAUAUAUUUGAUUUAAAUUUUAGAUAUCUGAAAGAUUUACAUAAACUCCCCUAAGAGCUAAGACUUUUAUUAUAGCCUGUUGAUUGUUGAGGUUUAUUCUGCAUAUCACUUUACAGAAGUUGUAAUUAUUUACCAGUCUGGUUAAAAAAAUAUAAGUAAAAUUAUACAGUUUCUAAAAGAGCUACAAUAAAACGGACCAAAUUGUUUCCAGAGAACUUUGAAUUUCCUUUAUUUUGAGUUUGGAGUACAAAUCAGCUGAACGUCUAUUUAUAUAUUCAUAAAAACAUUUUAAAGUAGUAUAAUAGUACAUUUCUCAGAUUUAACAGUAACUUGAGGAGUUUUACAUUUUUCUGUGUUUCAAGGUUGAGUUUUGUUUACAUUUGUGUAUAACCACAUAUAAGCUCCAGGUUGUACUUCAGCAAAAUGCCAAGAAAAGGUCAAAGGUCGCAGUCCCAGAAGCUUAGACGUCAGAAGGAGAAAGAACAGGUGAAUGUUUCUCAGAGCAGUGAGCAGGUAAAGGUGUGUGUUUCAGCUUUUCCCAGCACAGAAGUGCAGAGCAUUGUUCAGACAGCCACAGUGUCUUAUGCAGAUGUGGUAAAGAGAGGUGUUCCCUCAGUGUCUGUCCCAGAGCCUGAAGUUAUGCAGCUAAUCCAGACUGAACCCCAGGUAACUGAACAAACACAGCAUGAUGGAGAGACAGCCACAGUGUCUUAUGCAGAUGUGGUAAAGAGAGGCGUUCCCUCAGUGUCUGUCCCAGAUCCUGAAGUUAUGCAGGUAAUCCAGACUGAACCCCAGCUAACUGUACAAACACAGCAUGAUGGACAAGCUCCAGUACAGUCUCAUGUACAGGUUACAAACAGUGAAAGUCGUCCACAAGUGAGUAGCAUCUGUGCAGCCCGAAGCCAGGCUUCUCCUAGGUAUGGAAAGUACCGUAAUCAGCAAUGUAUGGCUAACAGUUUGGUUUUCCUGUCAUUCUUACACGAGGAUGAAUUCAUUACCAAAGCAGAUCUUAACAGUGUGUUGGACAAAGGCCAUGCCGUGCAUUCAGAUGCCAGACUGAGGUUUGUGAACAGCGUGUUUCUAGCCUGCGAUGAACUUCCCUCAGUGGUCAUCAGCCGCAGACACGAGUAUCAAGUAGACAUGUCUCAGUUUGCUCGUUACGGCACAUUUGAUAGUACAGGUCAUCUUCCGAGCCUUGAACAAGGACUACAGUGUUUGGCUUCAGAGUUUCGCUACGCUUUGCUUGUCAUGGGAGGAACAGUCAUCGCCGUUUGCAGGCUGACUUCAGGACUUGGAUGAGAACAAGAUUUAUGCCAAUCCUGAGGUAACUGCAGCGCUCCAAACCAUGAGACAAGCCAGUGUUGAGG